AUGAUUUUAUACUCCGUUCGGGCUAAGUUUCUGUGCUUCCUAAUACGUUUGCUCGCCUCAUUCGAUCUGGAUGAUACUGACUUAAACACCCCAGAAAAAAGCUACAUCCUCUUUACGCUAUCGACUGUGUUACUAUUUUGGUUUGAUUAUUUUUCGUUGCAGCGGCCCAUGGAGACAACGGUAGAGAUUUUUUACAAGAUGCUCAUCCAAGAAGAAGUGGAAUACAUUGUAAUGCUGUGCAAUUUCACUGAAAAAACCGAGAAGAAAUGCCCGGAAUAUUACCCAAAGUCACCUUCCGAGAAGCCCAUGACUUUCGGCACAGUUACCGUAACCUGUUGCAACGCAAAUAAUUUGAAAACUGAGGUGAAUGUGAAGAUCACUGGCUUAGAAAUCAAGGGAACCGGCAACAAGAAGCAUAUGGUGAAGCACUGUCACUGCCAGAGCUGGCCAGAAAGGGGAUUCCCGGAACCAACGUUUACAUUCAUGAACCUGCUCUGUGCCGUUCGAGGCUCAAAGAAGCCGAUCGUUGUACAUUGUUCUGACGGUAAUGCUUUUGAGGGCGAACGAUGCCGUAUUAUUAUUAAUAUUAUUAUCAGUGCAAUUAUAUCACUGUUGCUGUUGUUAUUGUUAUUAUUAUUACAAAUUCAUGAUGCCGUUGUUAUGCAUCUUGCGCUGAAAUAGUU